CCCGGCCGCCCACGAUCGACUCGCCUGCAGACAUGUCAGCCGCCGGCGCCCGGGGCCUGCGGGCCACCUACCAUCGGUUCCUCGAUAAAAUCGAGUUCUUGCUGCCUGAGAAAUUGAGGCCCUUGUACAACCACCCGGCAGGUCCUAAAACAGUUUUUUUCUGGGCUCCAAUUAUGAAAUGGGGAUUGGUGUGUGCUGGAUUAGCUGACAUGGCCAGACCCGCAGAAAAACUCAGCACAGGGCAAUCUGCUGUUUUGAUGGCUACAGGGUUAAUUUGGUCAAGAUACUCGCUUGUAAUUAUUCCAAAAAACUGGAGUCUGUUUGCUGUGAAUUUCUUCGUUGGGACAGCGGGAGCCUCUCAGCUCUUUCGUAUUUGGAGGUAUAACCAAGAAUUGAAAGCUAAAGCAAACAAAUAAAAGAGCUCUUGAUCACUCAAACAACCUAGAUGUGGACAGAACCACUAAGACCUAGUUUGAUUUAUUGUUUGGUUGUUGGUAAAGUGAUGCUAACUGUGCUAACAAUUGGAAGGCAUAAAAAAUUCUCAUUUAAUUGGGAGCUAGUACUUGAUUCAGCAAGAAAUAAAGCACAUUUUUAAUAGCAGUGUCUCUUUACACAUGACUUAAGGAACUUAUCUGUGGAUAUUAGUAACAUUUUCCCCUGCUAUUUGCCCGUAAUAAAUCCUACUUGCUCCGACAUGCCCCUGGCCUCCUUCUAUUCUAGCCGUCCAAAGUGUGUGCAUAUAGGAGCACACACAUUCAGUCGAGUCAAAAGAUAGUUGAAAGGUUAAGUCAUCUGCUGCACAGUGAAGACAUAGAUUACUGCAUAUAAGAAAUAAUUAACAGUCUUUUGGACUUGAGCUCCAAUUGGUGUGCAGAGCUUUCUUCUGAAAAUCCUGGUAAAGCCUGUCCUGGUUAGAACCGUAGCCAGAGGAAUCAGCAAAGUAAGUUCUUUCUGAAUUUACCAAAGCAAGUGACAAAAGAACUUUUUCAAUAAAAAUGUAACAAUCAAAAUUCA